AUCUCAUCAGAAUUUCGAUAACCCAGCCAGCUGAAUAUUGUAAUGCGGUCUCUGUCAUCCAUGUGCGAUGUAAUCAAGUCUGUCAGUCGGCACACUUGAGUCGGUCGGCUUUCGCCUUUCGUCCCUCGAAAGAGUGCAGCUGAAGGUCCCACCUUGGACACCAUCACGAUCCAAUGCAAGUGAAAGGCGCAUCGCUGCUGGCAUCGCAACGCAACCACCAUGCACUCCGCACUCGCCAAUAGCGCCAGGCUCGCCAGGCCGUCACAUUUAUGUCGAUCAUGUCAAUUCCAACGUCGGCUCUCCCAGGCCUCUAGCAUCGGGUGCUCCAAUGGUCAGGUUGCUCCAAGAAACGCAAUCCGUCCCGUGACUUGGACGUACAUUCCAUAUCAAGUGCCCUACGCAUUGGGCCUCAAGUUGCAAGAACACUUGGUCCAGAGAAGAGCCGAUGCUCGGGCACUCUUACGCGAGGAACCAUCAGCAUCACCUGCAGCGAAACAAUCCCCAUCUUCACGGCUGACCGAAGCGACAGAGGUGGCUACCACCGACAUAUUUCUUCUUCUACAACACUCUCCGGUAUUCACCGAAGGACGAAGGGGAGGCGAAUAUGCUCAGACACCAGAAGAAGAAGCAGCCAUUGCGAAGCGGUUUGCGGAAAUUGGAGCCGAUUAUCAUGUCACAAAAAGGGGCGGUCUUAUCACAUUCCACGGACCGGGGCAGCUUGUUGGCUACCCCAUCCUCGACCUCAGCGUCAUGAAUCUUUCAACGAGAUGCUACGUCGAUAAGAUUCAAACUAGCAUUUCGAACCUUCUUCAUUCCUCGCCAUACAAUCUUGCGACCGUCCCGCCUCCAGAAGACCACACGGGCGUGUGGGUGGAUACUUCACACAAAAUUACAAGCAUCGGCAUCCAGGUGCGACAUCGAAUCACAUCGCACGGCUUUGCGCUGAAUGUCGAAGCAGAUGUCCUUAAAUGGUUCGGGUGGAUCGUAGCUUGCGGCAUCAAAGGCAAGGGUAUGACUUGCAUACAAAGAGAGAUUGCGUUGCGCGUGCAGCGAGAGGGGGCCACGCGGCCUGACCGCCGUGGAGGGCAGGUCGACGAAGCGCGCAAGUCCGACUUGCCUCACGAGCAAGAAUCUCCGAGCUCUCCAUUGCCUUCGUCGGCUGGGCUUGCAGUGGCCAGCAUCGGUCCUGGCGUCGGUCUCGUUGACACACCCAUCACAUUGGGGCCAGAGGCAAAGGCGGUCACGGUGGAAUCGAUUGUUUCGCCGCUGGUGCAGCAAUUCGGCCGGACUUGGGGCAGGGAAAUGCAGCAAGCGGAUAAAAGCAUGUUCCACUAUGCGGCAGAUGCGCGGGGGCUUCUGAGCAAAGUCAUUGUGAAAGGCAAAAUAGUGCAAUAACAUGUAAUUUUGCGACGAAAUCGCG